CAGCAUUCAAAACACCUGCUGGACUAUUCAGUUUACAGUAAUGCCCUUCGGUCUGCAUGGAGCACCAGCCACGUUCCAAAGGCUGAUGGACAAGGUGUUGCAGGGAUGUGACCACUGCAGUGCAGCCUAUCUGGAUGACGUGGUGGUCUUCAGUAACACCUGGGAGGAACACCUUCAACACCUGUCUCUUGUCCUUGGGAGGAUACAAGAUGCUGGUCUGACCUUGAAUGUCGCCAAAUGUGAGUGGGCCCAGAGAGAAAGCUGCUACCUGGGGUACCUACUGGGAGGUGGUGAGGUGCGUCCACAAGUGGAUAAGGUGGAAGCAAUCCGCAACUGCCCUCGACCACGCACCAAGAAGGAGGUACGAUCCUUCCUAGGACUAGCAGGCUGGUACCGGCGGUUUGUUCAUCAAUUUGCCACUAUAGCCGCUCCCCUCACGGCCUUAACAGAAAAAAGGCAGAAGAAUCCGAUAAUAUGGACAGAUGAAUGUGAACUAGCCUUUAAAACAUUAAAAGCUAAGCUAUGUUCUUCCCCUGUCCUCAAGAGUCCUGAUUUCACCAAAAGGUUCCUGGUCCAAGUGGACGCAUCUGCAGUUGGGCUCGGUGCAGUUCUGGCCCAAGGAAACCCAGGGGAGGAGCAACCGGUCCUGUACCUCAGUCGGAAGCUGCAGCCAAGAGAGACUAGGUACUCUACAGUUGAAAAGGAAGGACUUGCCAUUAAGUGGGCCCUCGACAGCUUUAGGUACUACUUACUUGGCAGAGAGUUUGACCUCGAGACAGAUCACAGAGCUCUUACAUGGAUAAACACCAUGAAAGACCACCAUAGCCGGCUCACUAGAUGGUACUUGGCGCUUCAGCCAUACAAAUUCAUAGUUCAUCACCGUCCUGGCAGAGAAAACACAGUGGCAGAUCAGAAGCGGGAAGACAGCCUCAUCGCUGCACUUCAAGGUCUGAGAGCUUCUAUGGUCAAAUCAGAGCACCAUCCUGAUGUCGCUGGACCAAGCUCCGCCACAGCCGGCAGCCCAAGAAUGGAACUGCCAACCCCAGCUGCAUCGUCUCGUCACCGGCGUCCAGUAGAGCCCGAGGAGGACGACAGCUGGUCUGACCACUCUCGGGGCAGAACCAGUCAACACCCGCCUGAUUGGAGGCCCUACAUGGAACCAAAGAUCCCUGCAUAUCAAGCAGGUGAGGACAUUGAAAAUUACCUGCUUCGCUUUGAGCGAAUGGCCAAAACCUGGAGAUGGCCAGAGACUGAGUGGGCGUGUCGCCUGGUUCCACUGCUGUCCGGGAAAGCACUGGAGGCCUACACGGCAAUGGACGAGCAGCAAGCCCACUGCUACAAGGACCUGAAAGACGCACUGCUGUUGAAGUUUGACAUCUCGCCAGAGACGUAUCGUCAGCAGUUCCGGUUUGUGAGUGUUCCAGCCGGGGAGAAUCCAACUGAGACGUACCACCGACUGAAGGGCUUCUACCGACGUUGGGUCCGUCCGGAGCAACACACCAAGGAGCAGAUCGGGGAGAUCGUCAUCCUGGAGCAGAUGCUGAGGGUACUUCCACCCGACGUGAGGACGUGGGUGAAGGAGCACGAACCGGAGGACGGCCUCAUUGCUGCACGGCUCGCGCUGCAGUACUUCAACGCCCCACGAGGGACGUCGUUCACCAGACCCUCUGGUGGGGGUCAGCGUCGUUCAAUCCAAGCCAGCCCACCGUGUCCCAUACGGAGAGACUUCAACCAGUCACCUCAAGGUACCAACCCUGCCCCUAGUCAGCGAAUGGCCGAAAUACUGUGCAACAUGCCCUACUUGUCAGAAAACUGCCGUCACCCACAAGUCAGAGCGCUAUUGCACCCCCUACCUGUAAUCUCCACACCUUUUAGGAGAAUUGCCAUGGACAUUGUUGGACCCCUACCUAAGAGCAGCAGUGGUCAUGAAUACAUUCUAGUGGUCUGUGACUAUGCUACACGCUUCCCAGAAGCUUUUCCCCUGCGCACCAUAACCACCCCUGCAGUUAUGAGAGCUUUGAUACAGCUUUUCUCCAGAGUAGGAAUACCAGAUGAAAUUCUAACCGAUCAGGGAACCAACUUUACCUCCAGGUUGAUGAAGCUGUUCCAAAAGCAGUUGGGGAUCACAGCCAUCAAGACAACUCCAUACCACCCACAGACCAAUGGCAUGGUGGAACGGUUCAACCAGACCCUGAAGAGGAUGCUACAAAAAUUCGUGAGUGACACAGGCAAAGACUGGGACCGUUGGCUGCCAUUUCUGCUGUUUGCUUACAGGGAGGUCCCUCAAGCUUCAACAGGGUUCUCUCCGUUCGAGCUUCUUUAUGGCUGGGAGGUUCAAGGUCCACUUGAUCUGCUCAAGAAGAGCUGGGAGGCCAAACCAACCGACACCGCAGAGAGGGGUGUGAUCCAGUUUGUUCUGGAGAUGAGAGACAGGUUGGCACGGUACAGGGAAGAGGCCGAAAAGAACCAGCAAGAAGCCCAGAGGAGCCGAAAGAUGUGGUAUGACCAGCAGGCCCGUCAUCGUGAACUCCAACCAGGUCAGAAGGUUCUGUUGCUUCUCCCUUCUUCUUCCAGUAAACUCCUGGCAAAGUGGCAAGGGCCAUACACCAUUGUCCGCAGGAUGGGGCCGGUCACUUAUGAGGUGUACCAUCCUGAGAAGAAAAGAGACAAACAAACAUACCACGUGAACCUGCUCAAGGAGUGGAAAGAUGGUGCUAAUCCUCUACCAGAGAAGGUCUUGAUGGUCAGGAACGUGAAGGCCGAAGAAGAAAUGGACUCUGACCCAGAACCACUGACACAGCCAACCUCUCCAUCUCUGUCACAUCUGUCACCUGAAAAGACCACACAGUUACUAAACUCAUUUUACAAAGUUCCGUCUCUCUUUUCAGCCCAGCCAGGCAGAACAACACUUGUUGAGCACACCAUACGGCUCAAAAAUGGACAACCCAUCCGGCAACGGCCUUAUCGCGUGCCACAGAGGUUGGUGGGACAGCUGAACGAUGAGGUGAAGAAGAUGCUGGAGCUAGGUGUCAUCGAGCCCUCCAACUCUGAAUGGUGCAGUCCAGUCGUGAUUGUCUCCAAGAAAGACGGCUCGCUGCGGAUAUGCAUCGACUUCCGGAAGCUGAACGCCAUCUCAGAGUUUGACGCAUAUCCAAUGCCAAGGGUGGAUGAUCUGUUGGAGAGGAUCGGAGCUGCCAAGUAUAUCACCACCCUCGACCUAUGCAAGGGCUACUGGCAGGUACCUCUCACCAACACAUGCAGGCAGUACACAGCAUUCAAAACACCUGCUGGACUGUUUCAGUUUACAGUAAUGCCCUUCGGUCUGCAUGGAGCACCAGCCACGUUCCAAAGGCUGAUGGACAAGGUGCUGCAGGGAUGUGACCACUGCAGUGCAGCCUAUCUGGAUGACGUGGUGGUCUUCAGUAACACCUGGGAGGAACACCUUCAACACCUGUCUCUCGUCCUUGGGAGGAUACAAGAUGCUGGUCUGACCUUGAAUGUUGCCAAAUGUGAGUAGGCCCAGAGAGAAAGCUGCUACC